AUGGCAUUACGACGACGGCUGCUGUCGAUUGAGGAAGAUGAAGAGCCCAUGUUCAAAGUGAAGAAGAGCAAGCUCAGUCGACAGAUGGCGGCCACUAAGGCACCUGCAGAUUUGGCCAGCUUCAAGAAGGUGAAGGGCGCUGAGAAGCUGAACGAAUCCAAGGACCCACGACGGAGCCAUCGCAGCAGCCGACCGGAGGCCGUUGAGAGCGUGGGAGUGAGUGAGGCUGCAGAGGAGAGCGUGGAGGGGGAGGUCAUCACUGAGCCAUGCGAAGGGUAUGACGUGGAGGCAGAGGACCACGAGACCUCAGCGGUGCAAGCAGCGCGCUUGGCAAGAGCACAACGUGCUGCGGCCAGGGACACGGGUGGAAUCAGAGCGCCCCCAGCGCAAGGAGUUGAUAGCAGCGCACGCAUCAAGGCGCUAGCUGCUGCGGCACAGAGGGAGCUCAACGAGAACGAGGAGCCAGAGGACGCCGCCGAGGCCUGGGCGCUCCGGCAGCUGGAAGUGGGUCUCCACCGCCGGCGAGCUGGGCAGGCUCCACCCGAGGAAUUGGAUUUGGAGCAGGAGAUUGCGCAGCUGGACACACCCCUCCGCCCGCGGGACGGCGUGCAGCAGGUCCGCCAGGCCGCCGAACGAGUGGCCAAGGGCCACGACGGCGCGGAUCGCACAGCAGUUAGGACGGCGGAGAGUGUCCUGUGGGCGCCGGGCGAAGCGAUGGCCAAGUUGUGGGACACCAUGAAGACCCUUGAGGGCUCGGCUGAAAAUCGAGAGGUCAAGCUCGAGGAGCUGAAGUCGCAGCGGGAUGCCGCCCAGGACGAACUCCGCGAGAUCGAGCGGCAAGACAAGCAGAUCUCUCGCUCCUUACGCUGUGUUCGCGAGUUGGAGGAGAUCGCAUGGAGCCUCGGUGGCUUGCUGGAUGAGAAAUCUGCCAAGUGUAAGCAGGCUAUCACCAUGCUCUCCCAGAUCGAGGCCGACUUCGUGAAGCGUCGGAGCCAGCGGCGGAUGAGAGACCUCAACGAAGAACCUCGGAUGGAUUUGUGCGAGCCCGACGAGUCUGAGCAACGUGCUCGCCGCGAGCAGGCACUGCUCGCACGCCGCGCGCGCCGACAGGAACGGCGGAAGAGGCAAGGCUCGGAAACUCGCUCCCAGGAAGGCUUUGAACAGACAGCCAAAGAUCGCUCAAGCUUUUGUGCAGCAGUGCAUCGGCAGUUGCUAGAGGAUGUCUCUGAGGACUUUGCGAGCGCCUCGGCAGUGCUCAAGGCGCUGAAGACAGCCAAGCAGAAGUUGCAGGAAGAAUACCGGCAGGCCUUCGUGCACCUCUCCUUGCCGGACGUCUUUGGCUUCUUCGUGGAGCACUCCACCUUGUGGUGGGACCCGUUCAGCCUUUGUGCGAAUGGUGCCAAGUGGGGCCCCAGGAAGGCAUUGACCACCACGCAACUGGAAGCCUUUGAUUGGUUCGAGGAUCUGGCAGCCUUCACUGAGAUGAUGGGUGACGAUGAUCCAGACGGAGAGUUGGUUCCAAAGAUCGUGCAGAAAUGCAUCUUCCCCGAAGUGGCUCGCCGACUGCGCCAGUGCUGGGACGUGACUUGCAUCGAGCAAAGCAAGCGCGCUGCGGCACUCUUGGACGAAUGCUUGCUCUUCGAGGUGGGUGAAGAUGGCGCCUUCAACGAACUGCUGUUGGCCGCGCUGGAGCGCUUGCGUGUGUGUUUGCGGCAGUUUGCACCUGAAGUCUUCGUCCCUGCGCACUUGGUCUCUUCGUGGUACGCAUCUCCCGUGCGAAAGCGCCUACUGUGGCGCUGCUGCAAGAUCGCCGCCUGCGCGGCACACUUGGAGGGCCGUGUGGCCGACGAGCAGCUCGCGCCCUUGGUGCUCCGAGAGAUCUUCGCGCUGCGCAUGGCGCCCCACUUACAGGGCCCGCGGCUGCACCUGGAGGAGAUGGACUUGCUCGAGCGCUUCAUUGAAGCUCUACCUGAGAGGUGGUUGGAUCCCUUGCCUGCUGCCCUGUCCCCCUUGCGCGAUUGCUUGGGCCCACGCGCGCCGAAGAAUGCGGAGCUGUCAGCCGAGCGAGCGUACAGGCUCUUGCAGAAGAUGAAGUGA